CAACAAGACCCAGGCCCCCCGAUGCACCUCCCCUCUGAAAACCGAUGAGAAAGCUUGGUUUUCCCUUCUUUUCUUGUCCAAGAACAAGAUUUAGGAGCUUAGAAACCCUCCCUAAAGCAAGGAAUCCCAGAUCUGCUCUACUCUAUCUUCACUGCCGGCUGCUCCUGCUUUGUGGGGUGCGAAUUGCUCGGGUUCUUGAUUGUGUGAAUUCCCCCUGCACUUGCCGCCAGCCUCUUCCCCUAGCUUGCAGAUUCGGUUUUUGCUGCUAAAUUCUGGUUCCUGAUCGUUCUGUCAGUUUAGCACUGAGAUCGAGUAUUCGGUUUUAUGCAAGUAAGGAAGCGAAACCGAGGACGAGGAAACCACGAGAAGUGACGAGUUAAAAGGCUAGCCAUUUUGUAAAUUGAAUAUGAAUUUUAGAUGUAGAUCAUGAUCUUGUAAGUUAGACUGUAUUUGGAGAUUUUAUGAUAUCAGAGAAAAUUUUAAAGUAUUAUCUUCAGAUUUUGUGGUAUCAGAUUAUGAUAUGAUAAGUUCCGAGCCUUGUGCAUUUGUGGGACCCUCUCACGAGUGCACGGCGUCUGCCACGUUCCCAGAUUUGGGUCAU